AUGUUCUAUUUUGUGUGAAGAUUUCCAACUGAAAACACUCGAUAAGUAUAUUAACGUUAAAGUGAUCGGUUCUGUGCUGUGUUUAAAACAAUGAAAUUUGUUGUGCUACUUCUGUUUAGCCCAUUAGUGGCUAGCAGUUUUACAUCGUUAUGUCCUCAACAACCGAAUAAUGUGGUUGUUAAUUGCAAUAAUCAAAAUCCUUUCACCAAUCCAUUGUUUCCUGGAACAACAAUUCCUGUUACUCGUGGUCGUGUUCUGGAUGUUGGAUAUAACACACAUCCACGGGGAUCUACACUAGAAUUUCAACGUCGAAGAUCCGAUAGCAGUGAAGAAUCUAGUGCAAGUAGUGAAAGUGAGGAGUCUAGUGAAGAAUUAGUGGAUCAUCAAAUUCCAUUUUAUCCAACGCAUACUGUAAACCGUCCACAAAAUCCAUCAAUUCACACAACAACCACGCUUGAUAGCAAACUUGAUUUCCUGAGACAUGGUACUGGAGGCACCUUCAGGAAUGAUUUGAGAACGGCCCCAAGAAGAAAAGAUGUUCGUGCAUAUGUUUCAUCAACACGCAAUGAUUUAAGUGUCAACUCUGAUGAAACCCAUGGUCAUGGACAUAGCGGCCAAUACAAUCAUGAUGCCCAUGAACAUAGUCAUCAUCACGGACAUAAUCACCAUCAUGGACACGGUCACGGUCAUCAUCAUCAUGUUCAAGUUCCAACACAUGUCACGCAUCCUAUUAACACAGUAGUAGGCACUCAACCAAUACCUGAACACGUCGUGCCAAUUGGAUCCAUUCUCAGUGGUGCACCUUCAGAUAUUUUUGUAAACCAAGGAAAUUUCAACAUGGACCGUGGGGAGCCAAGAAUAGACAGUCCAAUAGUACAAGUUUCUGCAGUUUAUCCUAGUUUAGGACAGGCAGAAGAUAUUUUGCGAGAUACGUAUGAUCGUUUAAUGUUAACACAAAGAGGCUAUCGAGCUCUAAGACACCCAUCAGAAAGCAAAACCACAUAUGAAUUGGAAAGUUUACUUGGUAGUAUCGUUCCGAUGAUGUCUGUUCCAACGGUUCUUCAAGAAGGAUUGAACACGGAAAUCAAUUGCGAUCCAAUUCCAUUAGAUUCAGGUAUGACCCAAAUAACGGGCAUGCAAGGUAUGGGAGGUCUAACACCACUUAAUGAAGCUGUAUCGACAGUGAGCCACGGCGAAAUGUCGCCUGAUCAGCAAAUUUCAACUACGUUCACCAUAACUGAAAAUGAAGAUGUUAAUGCUCAAGAUUUACCACUUACAUCUCAUGCAGAAUCAACUGUAACGAAGGUAGAAGAACGACCAGUGACUACAGGCAUAAAUAUUCCUAUGGAAGAAUCAUCAGGCACUACCGUUACCAAAGUAACUACGACAAAGAUAGAAAAACGGCCUACAGCUUCUCACAUUGGUUCCACAGUUACUAAAGUAACCACUACAAAAACGCAAGAACGUCCAAUGUCUACACAGGUUGUUGUUCCAACUGAACAACAUAUGGGUUCAACUGUUACCAAGGUUACGACUACAACAUCGGAAAAACUACCAAUCGAUGGGACAUCGGUACAAACAAGCUCAAACUCUGGUUCGACAAUCACAACUGUAACGACAACAAAAACGGAAGAACGACCAAUUGAUACUGUCAUGACUAUCCCUGAAACAAUCGUUAAUGAAGGGCCAGUACAAACAAGCUCAAGUUCUGGUUCAACUAUUACAACAGUAACGACAACCAAUACUGAAGAACGACCAGUCAACACUGACAUGACCAUGCCUGAAACAAUCGUCAAUGAAGGGCCAGUACUAACCAGCUCGAAUUCUGGCUCAACAAUUACAAGAGUAACGACAACCGAAACAGAAGGACGACCAGUCAACACUGACAUGACCAUGCCUGAAACAAUUGUCAAUGAAGGGCCAGUUCAAACCAGCUCGAGUUCUGGCUCAACAAUUACAAGAGUAACGACAACCAGAACAGAAGGACGACCCAUCAUCUCUGACUUUUCCUUACCUGAGACCAUUAUUCAUGAAACACCUGUAGAAACUGCCCAGUCUUCAUCCAAGGUGACAACAACUACCACAACAGAUGAAAGACCAAUUGCAACUCAAUUGACGGAAGUAAUUGGUGGCGGAGAAGUCGAGACAUUGGUUCCAGAAGUUGCUGAUGUUGUUAGUGAUGUUAGCGGUCUUGCGAGAUUAGUACGGCCGACUCGCGAUGGAACUUAUCGUUUCGAUAGAUACAGACAACGUAUGAGUCCAGUCGUUUUUGGAUUUUAAUAUAAAAAUGUGGCGCACGCCCUAAUCGAAAAUGUAAAAAAAAAACUUUUUGCAGGUGCAAUGGUUUCAAUUGUGGUCGGUAAAAUGAAUAAAACAGAAAAUCGAAUUUUCAA